AUGCUACGAAACAUUGCCAAAUGUCUGUUGCGCCCCGACGCAGAGACGCGCAACCCCGUCGUUACGGUGCUGGCUCAUCGUAUAGCUCGCGCAUCCACUUCUUCCACCAAACCUCAGAAACCCCAAUUACGAGAUUACCAGCAAGACUGCAUCCGAUCCGUUCUCAGCAGCUUAAAAUCCGGUCACAAACGAGUUGGUAUCUCACUCGCGACCGGAAGCGGUAAAACUAUCAUCUUCACACAGCUCAUUGACAAGAUCCAUGAGCGUGCAGACACUGGUGGCGACCGUACGCUCAUCCUCGCGCACCGCCGCGAGCUGGUCGAGCAGGCGGCGCACCACUGCCGCCUCGCGUACCCGGACAAGACGAUUGAGAUUGAGAUGGGCUCGCUGCAUGCCAGCGGCGCGGCCGACAUCACCAUUGCCAGCGUCAUGAGCAUCACGUCGCGGGACCGCCUGCGCAAGUUUGACCCGGCGCGGUACAAGCUCGUGCUCGUCGACGAGGCGCACCACAUCGUCGCGGCCGGCUACCUGCGCACGCUCAAGCACUUUGGCCUCGACGCCAAGCAGGCCGCCUCGCCUGUGCUCGUCGGCGUGUCGGCCACCUUUUCGCGCUUCGACGGGCUCAAGCUCGGCGCCGCCAUCGACGAGAUUGUCUACCAUCGCGACUACGUCAACAUGAUUGCCGACAAGUGGCUCACCGACGUCGUCUUCACCACGGUCGAGUCCUCGGCCAACCUCUCCAAGGUAAAAAGCGGCGCCUUUGGCGACUUCCAGACCGGCGAGCUCUCGCGCGUCGUCAACACCGAGCAGGUCAACGACGUGACGGUCCGCAGCUGGAUGGCCAAGGCCGGCGCCGACCGCAAGUCGACGCUCGUCUUCUGCGUCGACCUCGCGCACGUGGCCGGCCUCACGGCCACGUUCCGCCGCCACGGCUUCGACGCGCGCUUCGUCACCAGCGACACGCCCCGCGCCCAGCGCGCCGACCUCCUCGCCGCCUUCAAGCGCGGGGCGUUCCCCGUGCUCGUCAACUGCGGCGUCUUCACCGAGGGUACCGACAUCCCCAACGUCGACUGCAUCGUGCUGGCGCGGCCCACGCGCUCCCGCAACCUGCUCGUGCAAAUGAUUGGCCGCGGCAUGCGCCUGCACCCGGGCAAGAAGAACUGCCACGUCCUCGACAUGGUGUCGUCGCUCGACACGGGCAUCGUCACCACCCCGACGCUCUUCGGCCUCGACCCCAACGAGCUCGUCACCGCCGCCUCCGUCGCCCAGAUGCGCCGUCUCCAGCAGAGGCGCGACGCCGACAAGGCCCGCGCCAAGGAGGCCUGGGCCAACGGCGACGGCGGGCCCGCACCCUAUGUCAACCCUGCCGCCGCCGUCACCUUUACCGACUACUCGUCCGUGCUGGACCUCAUCGCCGACACCUCGGGCGAGCGCCACAUCCGCGCCAUCAGCCAGUACGCAUGGGUGCAGGUCGGCCCGGAGCGCUUCGUCCUCUCCGCCCCCAGCGGCUCCUACAUUCGCCUCGAGCGCAUCACCAACUCGAGCAGCAGCAGCAGCAGCAGCAGUCCUCCCUCGUCACUUUCCUCUUCCUCGUCCACACAGCUCCCCACCAAACCGUCGUACCGCGCCGUCGAGAUCCGCGCCUUACCCCCCGGUAGCGGCUCCAAGUCGCCGUACGCCGUCCCGCGGGAGAUUCUCACCGCCGCUACGUUUAACGACGCCGUGCACGGCGCCGACAGCUACGCGGCGCAGGCCUUUCCGCACAGCUUCAUCCACCGCGCGCAGCCGUGGCGCCAGGUUGCGCCGACGCAGGGGCAGCUCGACUACAUCAACAAGCUGCGCGGCGGCCGGGGUAGCGCCCUCGGUGCCAAGGACCUGAACAAGGGCAAGGCCGCCGACAUGAUCACCAAGCUCAAGCAUGGGGCGCGCGGCCAGUUUGCCAAGAUUGAGGCGGAGCAGAGACGGCGCGAGAGGAAGACGUCGGUUUUUGAUGAGAGGCGUCAUCGCGAGCAGGUCCGGGUUGGGCCGGUGAUGAGCUGA